GCGGCAAUGUAGACGCAGUAUCCCGAGAUCUGACCGGCACGUUCGUCGUUUGUGCCCAACCUUCAUUUCUAGGAAGCGCAGGGCUCGUCACUGCUGGGAGGGGUCUACCUGGGAGCAGGCUGUGUGUCUUUGAUAUAUAUGGACAAACGUGACACAGUCCGAUGUGAUUUGCCAUCUGCCCUAUUUGAAGGUUUCCUGCUGGCAGGCUGAAAAAGGCAAGGCAGAGUGUGAUUGGUGAUGGAUGGGGGCCAUGAUAUAGCUAAGAGGCUGGGAAGUGAGAGUCUCAGCUCAGUUGCCCUGUGGGCUCGGGUGUGAAGUCGGGGGUCUCGGCUGCAGUCAGGGGAGGGCUGGUCCGUCCUGACGAUGAUGAAGAGCCGCCUGUUCGUCUUCGUCUUCGCUCUCGCUGUCCUGGCGCUGCCCACCUCAGCCGGCCGUGACGUGAGGCUGGUGGGUGGUGCCCACGCCUGUGAGGGCAGGGUGGAGGUCCUGCACGCGGGACAGUGGGGGACAGUGUGUGACGAUGGUUGGGAGCUGAACAACGCCGCCGUGGUGUGCAGGCAGCUGGGCUGCGGAUCCGCCGUGUCGGCACCAGGGGGCGCCCGUUUCGGACCGGGGUCUGGACCGGUGUGGCUGGACGGGGUGUCCUGCGAGGGGACGGAGGUCACACUGAGCCGCUGUGUUUCAGAGGGAUGGAGUAACAUGAACUGCGAUCACAGUGAAGAUGCUGGAGUGAUCUGUUCAGCUGAACAAGGAGUGCGUUUAGCGAGUGGAAUCCAUCUCUGCUUCGGGAGGGUGGAAGUCCUGUCUGAGCAGACCUGGGGCACCGUGUGCGAGACGGACCUGGACUGGCCGGACGCAGAGGUCAUCUGCCGGCAGGAGAGCUGUGGCCGCGCUAAAGAGGUCCUCGGGGGGGCCUAUUUCGGAGAGGGGCGGGGCCUAAUCCGGGCCGAAGUGAGGCGCUGCCGCGGUGACGAGACCCACCUGUCGUUCUGCCCGUUGUCCACCAGGGGGAACCAGAGCUGCACGCACAGAAGUGAUGUGAGCGUGCUCUGUACAGGCUACACGGGGCUCAGGCUGGUGGGCGGCCCGGACCCCUGCUCUGGCCGCGUGGAGCUGCAGUGGCGGGGCGAAGAGUGGGCGGGCGUCUGCGGCCGCCACUGGGACCUGAGAGACGCCAGCGUCCUGUGCCGGCAGCUGGACUGCGGGGUCGCGGUGGCGGCCGCCGGACCGGGAGCGCUCGGCGUGGGGUCCGGCGCGGCGUGGAGAGAUCACUUCGACUGCGAGGGCAGCGAGGAUCGCUUGAUGGCGUGCCGGGGGUUCGCCCUGGGGCAGGGAGAGUGCCCGCCCGGCGCCCGCGCGGAGGUCACCUGCUCCGGGUCGUCGUUCCCGUUGCGGGACGUCCGGCUGUCGGCGGGAGCGAGCCGCUGUGAGGGCCGGGUGGAGGUGCACCACGGCGGGACCUGGGGGAGGGUCGUCCAGGACUCCUGGGGCCCCGGAGAGGCCUCUGUGGUGUGCAGGCAGCUGGGCUGCGGCGCCGCCGUGGACGUCUUCGGCUCCUCUCAGUACGGGACAGGCGAGGGCAGCGUGUGUCUGACCGGCAUCCGGUGCUCCGGGGGAGAGUCUCACCUGGGGAACUGCAGCUCCCCGCGGACACAGCGCUGCAGGACCGAGAGCAGCGUCGCCGUGGUGUGCUCACACCACAGGGCCCUGCGGCUGGCCGGGGGACCAGACGGCUGUGCCGGGAGGCUGGAGGUCUAUCACCGCGGCUCCUGGGGGACGGUCUGCGAUGACUCCUGGGGUAAGGCAACACCCCUCCUGAAGGAAGAGGCUCCAAAUGACUAUGAUGACGUUUUCCCUUCCAGCCAGGGUCCAGAUGUGGUGUCAGGCACUGGCCUCACUGCCCCUGGCGUGGAGAGUGUCCGGACCGCAAUGCUGUGGGACGAAGACAUUCCGGCUCUUGACAGGACGGACUACGACGACGUCGGGGUGCAGGCCUCUGCCAGGGGCCGAGCGCCUCAGGGGUCUCGGCUGCAGUCAGGGGAGGGCUGGUCCGUCCUGACCAUGAUGGAGAGCCGCCUGUUCGUCUUCGCUCUCGCUGUCCUGGCGCUGCCCACCUCAGCCGGCAGUGACGUGAGGCUGGUGGGCAGCACCAGCCCCUGUGCGGGGAGGGUGGAGGUCCUGCACGCGGGACAGUGGGUGACCGUGGACGGGGAGGGCUGGGACGCGAGCGCCUCGGCGGUGGUGUGCAGGCAGCUGGGCUGCGGACCGGCCAUGACGGCGCCUGGCGGGGCGCACUCCGGGAAAGGAUCGGGGAAGGUGUGGCCGAGACGAGCCUCCUGCACCGGGACAGAGGCGGCCCUGAGGGACUGCAGGUUGCAAGAGGUCAAGUACUUCGUCUACAAUCACGAGGCUGACGCUGGAGUGCUCUGUUCAGAUCACCUGGGCGUCAGGCUGCGAGGAGGCGGGGGGCGCUGCUCGGGGAGGGUGGAGAUCCAGCGGGCGGAGACCUGGGGCACCGUGUGCGAUGCUGACUUCGACUGGCCGGAUGCAGAGGUGGUCUGCCGGCAGCUGGACUGCGGGAUCCCCUCGGAGGUGCUGGGGGCAGCUCGUUUCGGCGGGGGGCAGGGCCGGGUCUGGGCGGAGGAGUUUCUGUGCCAGGGAGAUGAACCCCUGCUCUACUCCUGCCCGAAAGCAGCAACUCAGAGCCUGAACUGCAGCCAUGACAACGACGUGGGACUGGUGUGUUCUGGGUACUCGGAUUAUCGGCUGGUGAACGGCAGCGACUCCUGUUCCGGCCGGGUGGAGCUGCAGCUGCGCGGCGACUGGGGCACAGUCUGCGAUCGGCACUGGGGCCUGAGGGACGCCAGCGCCCUCUGCUGGCAGCUGCGCUGCGGGGCGGCCGUCGCGGCCCCGGGAGGAGCCAGCUUUGGAGCGGGCAGUGGCCCGGUGUGGAAAGACCACUUCAACUGCGACGGCAGCGAAGCCCACUUGAGCAAGUGCCCCGUCUUUUCCCUGGGGGAGGGCGCGUGCUCUCACGCCAACGACGCGGGAGCUGUGUGCUCUGGGUCGUCGUUCCCGGUGCGGGACGUCCGGCUGUCGGCGGGAGCGAGCCGCUGUGAGGGCCGGGUGGAGGUGCACCACGGCGGGACCUGGGGGAGGGUCGUCCAGGACUCCUGGGGCCCCGGAGAGGCCUCUGUGGUGUGCAGGCAGCUGGGCUGCGGCGCCGCCGUGGACGUCUUCGGCUCCUCUCAGUACGGGACAGGCGAGGGCAGCGUGUGUCUGACCGGCAUCCGGUGCUCCGGGGGAGAGUCUCACCUGGGGAACUGCAGCUCCCCGCGGACACAGCGCUGCAGGACCGAGAGCAGCGUCGCCGUGGUGUGCUCACACCACAGGGCCCUGCGGCUGGCCGGGGGACCAGACGGCUGUGCCGGGAGGCUGGAGGUCUAUCACCGCGGCUCCUGGGGGACGGUCUGCGAUGACUCCUGGGGCCCGGCGGACUCCCAGGUGGUGUGCAGGCAGCUCCAGUGCGGGACGGCCCUCGGGGACCGGGGGCCGGCCUCCUUCGGACCAGGGACCGGACAGAUCUGGCUGGACGAGGUGGGCUGCACGGGGAACGAGUCGUCUCUGUGGGAGUGUCCCUCGGCGGGCUGGGGACAGCACGACUGCGGACACAAGGAGGACGUGGCGGUCGUGUGCUCAGAGCACAAGCAGCUGAGGCUGUCCGGGGGCUGCUCGGGGCAGGUGGAGCUUUUCUACAAUGGCAGCUGGGGCAGCGUCUGCUUCAAUGAUAUGACCGACCUCGCGGCCACCGUGAUCUGCCACCAGCUGGGCUGUGGAGACGGUGCGGGAAUCAGAGAGACAGCGUCCAGGCUCACGGACGUCCCCCGGUGGCUGGACAGAGUUCAGUGUGAGGUGCAGGAUUUCUCUCUGUGGCAGUGCCGCUCCUCGCCCUGGGACCCUGACCACUGCUGGAGCACCGAAGUGGCUGAGGUCACCUGCUCAGGUCUGCGGCUGGUGGGACCCAGUAACUGCUCUGGACGGGUGGAGGUUCGGUUCGAGGGAUCCUGGGGGACGGUGUGUGACGACUCCUGGGACCUGCAGGACGCCCAGGUGGUCUGCAGACAGCUGGGCUGCGGGGCGGCCGUGAGGGCCGUGGGCGAUGCCUCGUUCGGCAGGGGACACGGCGCCAUCUGGCUGGACGAGGUGAAGUGCGCGGGCGAUGAGCGCCACCUGUGGGACUGCUGCCGCUCUCCCCUGGGACAGAGCGACUGCGCACACAAGGAGGACGCUGGGGUCGUCUGUACAGGACUGAAGGGUGUCGCUGUGAGCACGCCGCAGGCCCAGUCCACAAUCCCCAUGGUUUCCUUCCUGGUGCUGGGGGCUCUGCUCUUCGUGGUGCUGGUCCUGUGCGCCGGGCAGGUGUACCAGAACCGGGAACUGCGGAGAGUCAUCGCAGAGAGAGAUUUGACUGGGUCUCCUGAUGCCGUAUAUGAGGAACUUGACUACAAAUUUGGCAGAGAGGAAGUCCACAGUGACUACAGGAGAGGGAAAUUCCUUCUGGAUGAGCUGGCGUCAGGAUACGAUGAGGUGGGGGACAGCAACAGGGCAGACAGUUUCCAUGCUGAGGAGCCCUUAGGGUAUGAUGAUGUGGAGGACAUUGAGAGCAGCCCCAGCCAAGCUGGUGCAAUGCCGGUUUCCCUGGCGGUCUCUCUGGCGGCUGGCCCUCCCCCGGCCGCGGCAGACUACGAUGACGUCGGUGUCCCGGCCUGCAGGAGAGACCGGGACUGGAGAGACUGACGGCGCAUGAUCGGAGAAUCCCACUGGGUUCUCGGGAAUUGACCACUUGGCAGCUGGAAGCUUUCAUUAAAUCUGAAAACAGUGUUUGCACGGAGGGCGGUGCAGACUCUGCAGUCGCUGUUGUGCAGAAACGAGAAGAGGGAAGAGAAGCCGGUGUCCCAGAAUGUUUAUACCAGUCAUCUUCAUUUAGCCGUUUUGUCUGAUUUUUCUUCCAUGUUUCAGAACCAUAACGGUGUAAAUUUGUGAAAGGACAGGUAUUACAGCGAGCUUGCGCUGUUUCCAUUUUCCCUGAGGAUAAUCCCUCUCGCUCCCAAGUACUCAGAUGUGAACAGUGAGACAAGGUGCACAGGCUGUCAUUUUUAUCCACCUGUACUGCUCUGCUCCACCUCAACUUGCCCCGAUCU